AAAUAAAGAGACUGGGAAGGGGGGAUUGUGGGGAGGAAAGAUGAUGAGUUCAGUUUUGGACAUGUUGAGUUUAAGAUGUCUCUGGAACAUCCAGCGUGAGAUGUACAAGAGGAAAUUGGUGAUGCAGGAUUUGAAGCUCAGAGGAGGUUGGGGCUGUUUAUCUAGAUUUUGGAGUCUUUAGUAUAGAGAUAAUUAAACCCACAGGAGUUUAGAGAAAGAGAAAAGACAGAGAGACAGAGAAGAGUUUAGGGGACCUAGGAUGGAGCCUUGGGGAGCACCCACAGGGCUCAUUAAAGAAAAAUUGGGACGGGUAAGAUGGAGAGCUAUGAGUUGUCCCUCUAUGAGUGUUACUGCUGUGUCUACAUGUUUAUAGACUGAUACCCCCAACCUCUUUCCCUGGGAGCACAGGUUCCGGGACACACUUUGGAACCCUCUGGACCAGGAAAGUGUCCCAUUGGACUCCAAGGUUUUCAUGGGACCAGGGCCACCCUGGCCAAGGCUCCUUAAUCACUCCAGUCCCCAUGGGCCUCCCCCGCAUCCCUCACUUUCUCUGUGUUUUCCUCUCUGGCCGGACGUGGGGUGGUGCCCCUAGGUGUCCAGCCACAUACAGGUUCUAGCAAGGAAGAAGGUGCGGGAGUACCAGGUUGGCAUCAAGGCCAUGAACUUGGACCAGGUCUCCAAGGAUAAGGCGCUCCAGAGUAUGGCUUCUAUGUCCUCAGCUCAGAUUGUCUCAGCCAGCGUCUUGCAGAAUAAACUCAGCCCGCCUCCCCCAAUCCCCCAGGCAGUUUUCUCUGCCGCUGCUUCACGGUUCUGGAGCGGACCCCCUCUCCCGGGACAGCAGCCGGGACCCUCUCAGGACAUCAAACCCUUCGCACAGCCAGCCUACCCCAUCCAGCCACCCUUGCCACCCACACUCACUAGUUACGAGCCCUUGGCCCCACUCCCACCAGCCGCCUCCGCCGUGCCCGUGUGGCAGGACCGCACCAUCGCUUCCACUCGACUUCGGCUCCUAGAGUAUUCAGCUUUCAUGGAGGUGCAGCGAGAUCCAGACACGUACAGCAAGCAUCUGUUCGUGCACAUUGGCCAGACCAAUCCUGCCUUCACGGAUCCUCCCCUGGAAGCGGUGGACGUUCGCCAGAUCUAUGACAAGUUCCCCGAGAAAAAGGGUGGACUGAAGGACCUGUAUGAGAAGGGGCCACCUAAUGCCUUCUUCCUUGUCAAGUUCUGGGCCGACCUGAAUAGCACCAUCCAGGACGGCCCCGGGGCUUUCUACGGUGUCAGCUCCCAGUACAGCUCAGCCGACAGCAUGACCAUCAGCGUCUCCACCAAGGUCUGCUCCUUCGGCAAGCAGGUCGUGGAGAAGGUGGAGACGGAGUACGCGCGGCUGGAGAACGGCCGCUUUGUCUACCGCAUCCACCGCUCCCCCAUGUGUGAGUACAUGAUCAACUUUAUCCACAAGCUGAAACACCUCCCGGAGAAGUACAUGAUGAACAGCGUCUUGGAGAAUUUUACCAUCCUGCAGGUAGUGACGAGUCGAGACUCCCAGGAGACCCUGCUGGUCAUCGCCUUUGUCUUCGAAGUCUCCACCAGCGAGCAUGGGGCCCAGCACCAUGUCUACAAGCUGGUCAAGGACUAGGGUCUCCUUUCCUGAUUCAACUACCACCUGCCGACCCAGGGCCAGGGCCCAAGACGAGUCUUCCCUCCUCAUCCCUACCUCCUGACCUGGGGGCCUCGGUCCAGGACAUGCCCCUUAACCUUCUACCCGCCUGCUGACCCAGGUCCCAGGCCCAGGACAAGUCCCACCCCUGUAUACACUCCACUCUACUGUGGUCUAUGCUUUAAUUGUUGAAGAAGACAGACUAGCCUCAGGCAGUGGGGCAGCCAGCCCCUCACACCAAAACUUUUCCUUUCCCACCCUCCCCUCUUCACCAUUAUCCAGUUCAGGCAGGGCUGUGGCUGACCUGGAUUUGGGGCAAUGGAGGCCUCUCUAGAAUGGGAAGAGGACAAAAAACCUUUGAAGUUCUCUGAGGAGCAGGCUGUGGUCCAGGGGAAUGGUCUGGGACAGGCUCAGUUACGGGUGAAGAAGAAUUAGAGAUGGGUCCCAGAAAAGUAAGACACCCCCCACCCCUCCCACAGAAAGGGUUUGGAGGGGUGUGACCAUAGCCCUAAAGGCAGUCAGCUGAAGUAGGGAAGAAGAAGGCUUGGGAAGUAGGUAGCAGAAGACUACAGAGCGAAACUGGGAGAGAGAGGAGUGGGUGAGGAGGCAGAAGUUGGGAGAGGAGACAGCUGGAGAAUGGAGCAAUGAAGCAGAGAGUUAGAAGUGGAGCAGAUCAUAGUAGGGGCAGUCAUGAGGAUGUAGAGGAUGGGGUCGCUAUGUAGCUGGGUUCCAACACAGAGCAUGGAGUUGUUCCAUUGUGGGAUACCCUGAAGGUUCUAGGAGAUGGGCAAGGGUCAGGUAGUAAGGUUUGCAGCUGGCUUGAUGUGGGGUCUCUGUGGAGCCAUGCCAAAGAACCAGGACCAACUCAUCUGUUUAGAUGAGUUUGUGGACCUAAGGAAGUUGGAGGUGGGAAUAAACAAUCAUAGUUAAUGAAUACUGGGUGAGUGGGCUGAGAGUCUGCCACCCAAACCCCUGUAAUCUGGGUCAUGGAAGAGGAGAGGGCUGGUGGCCAUUCCAAGUGUUUGAAGCAAAAUCAGUGAUUGUUAGCUGUGCCACCUUCAAGAAGAACCUAUAGGCCCUAAUUCUGAGUGUCUGUGUCCUCCCCUAAGGAGGACCAGCUCUAGCCCCAAUUUUCACUACCACAACCACCGCCAGAUCCCACCCCCCAAACAUAUGCCACCUCCUGCAAAUACCUCAUAGAACCACAGCACACAUACACAUAGCCUACAGUCACCAUGCAUUUCUAAAGGAGCCCCUAGACCUGUCCUAUGGAGCCCCCCCCCGGCAGCCGAGCUCCAUUCUUGCCUCCAUCUGCCUACACCGUCGCCAGGUGGUGUUAACGCCACACAUUCCCUCCCAGGAAUUGGACCUCAUUUUACCUAAUUCUCUCUCUGGUGCUGGCAGGGGGAACCAACUCCCAAUACUAUUCCCUCCUCACUCUGACCAAACUUGAAUAAUUGAUAUGACAGCCUUUAAUUAAGUGCCUACUCCAGAGGACAAAAAGAAGACCAUCUUGCUCGCACAGAGAUUUCAGCAGUCUGGACUUCCCUUCGUGGGGGACCCUGCUCUGAGGGCUAAGGUUGUUGGGAGUGGGGAGAGGGAAUGGGCUAAGGGCCUAUGGCCUAGAGCCUAGGACUGGACAGGCAACCCAAGAAUCAGACAUAGCUAAAGCAUGGGAGAGACCUGAAGGGCCCCAUCUCUUUAGGGAUCAGCUUAGAACCCCACCUCCCAGGUCCCUACCAUUCAGCUCCUCAUGUUUAAAAUUCUGGUUUGGUUGAGGUCUUGAAAAGAAAAACUAGACGGAGUUGUGGGUUGACCCCAUUUUCUCCCCUAGGGCUUUUGGUGGGGACCAGUCCUCAGGCCCUCCCUCUCUCCUCCUGGUGUGCCCAUAGCCCCAAAAAACCACCCCCACUGGCCUUCCCCCUGGCACCAGCUUGGAGGAGGUAGCAAAAGCCUGUGAUUAUUUAUGAUUUUCAUAUGAAGUACUGUUCCCCUUCUCUCUUACCCACAUGUCACCCCCUCCCAAGGUGUGUCCUUCCCCCUGAGCUUCCCCCAGGCCCUUCAUGGAUUACAAAUUGCUCAGGCCACCCCACACCCUUCCCUCCCUCUCCCCACACCCAGUUUUGUAAUGUAUAUUAUAUAUAUAUAUUAUAUAUAUAUUUUUGUGUAUUUUUUUAAUCCAGCUGUGAUGGGUUGUGUCAUA